UUAAAAUGUGGUACGCAAUUUUUAUCAUCGGUGCGAUUUUAAGCCUCGCGAUUACCUGGUCAAUAUUGCAGAAGAAUAGAUUCUCGAAGAACAUCGAUGUAAUACGACCGUGGUAUCCUUUAGUUGGUAACCUGCUCAUGGUCAUAGGAAAGAACGAUCUGCAAAAAUUUGAGAUCAUUUAUCGAGAAUUCAAUCGUGAAGCUAAGCUGUUCCUGGGCUACAUAGGGCUCAUUCCGAUAUUUUGCACUGGAGAUCCCGACAUGGCCCAACGAAUUUUGAUCGACUUUACUGAUAAACCAUACCUGUACGAUUUCCUUAAGGUGAAAAAAGGAGUGUUUGCGGCGAAUGCACAUAUUUGGAGAGACCAGAGAAAGGCGCUUUCGCCUGCAUUUAAUACGAGAAUUCUGUCCAGUUACUUGUCAAUUUUCACCAACCGAUCCAAAAAUAUGAUAAGGAGACUGGAAUCGAUGGCAGUUACUGGUGAAACGUUCAACAUCUUAGAUUAUGCUACCACUUGCACAUUGGAAAUGGUUUGUGAAACGACAUUGGGUUUUGAUUCGAGCGCUUUUAACGGAAUCGAAGAAUUUGGUGCUAAAAUUCAUAAACUAUUCUCUAUAGCAGCAAGAAGGAUAAUAAAGUUUGAUCAUCAUUUUGAUUUUAUUUAUCGUUGGUAUGAGGACUGCCGUGAUGACAAAACUUUGCGUAAAUAUUUGACAGCUUACGUGAUGCAGGUCUACGAAGAUGCUCACGAUCGAUACUCGAAAGGUUUAAUGAACAAUAUUGCCGAUGUUGAUGAGAAUCAGUGCUUUCGAAAGCCACAAACUUUUGUCAACCAAUUAUUCACCAGCACUCGGAAAUUCGAACGAGAUGAAAUAAUCGACAAUAUUCAGACUAUGAUAGGCGCUGGAACGGACACUUCCGCCCACGUUAUAUCAUUCACCUUGCUGCAAUUGGCAAUGGACUCACACUACCAGCAAAAGGUGUACGAAGAAAUCGUGCAAGUCUUUCCAGAAAAGGAACCGAACGUCACCAUGGAGGGGCUGAGUGAACUUAAGCUCACGGAAAUGGUUCUGAAUGAGAUCCUCCGUCUGUAUCCGGCAGGGCCGAUUUUGUUGCGUGAAAAUAAGGCCAAAACAACUCUAUGUGACCAGCAGCUGCCGAAGGGAUGCAUGUUCGCAAUCAGUAUCUACAACAUUCAUCGACGCAAAGACCUUUGGGGACCCGAUGCGGACUGUUUCAAUCCUGAGCGGUUUUCACCGGAGAGGUCAGCUGGAAGACACCCUUUUGCAUUUUUGGGAUUCAGUGGGGGACCUCGGAAUUGCCUGGCAAGUCGUUAUGCGAUGAUAAGCAUAAAGAUAGUGAUUGUAUUCCUGAUGAAAAGCUUUCGAUUCAAAACCAAUAUACUAAAAGAAGACAUCCGGUUCACAUAUGACGCGCUUUUGCGUAUAGCAGGAGGUCAUAUGAUACAAAUAGAGAAAAGAUUAUAAGUAAAUAAAUUAAUUUUUAGAUGUAUUUUCUCAUUUCUUCAUAUUGACAAAAAAUGACUCUGGAUCUGACAUACAAAAUUAUUUCGAAACUCAGUUAUAGCAAAACUUUUAUCUUGUCAUAAGACGAGUUAAGUAUUAUUUUAUCUAGUUCCGCGACUUUGUAAUCAACAGGGCUCGGCAAUUGAACUGCUACAUUGAGUAAA